AUGUUUUGUGUAAACCACAAGCAUCAUUGCUUGCUUUUCAUCUACGAGAACCUGAAAAAUAUCACAAAUAUUUUCAUUCUGAACCUGGCCUGCUCUGAUUUGAUCUUCACCAUCACACUUCCAUUCUGGGCCGUUCAUCACCUACACCACUGGGUCUUUGGGGACUCUAGUUGCAAAUUCCUGACUGCUGCAUAUCUUGCUGGUUUGUACAGCAGUGUCAUUCUGCUGACUGCCAUGACAGUGGAUCGUUUUAUUUCUGUGGUGCUGCACAAGUUAAAGAUCAACCAUGCAAAAAGGAAAAAGUAUGCAAUUUGUUCCUGUAUAGCUGCCUGGGUCAUCAGCAUCUCAGCAUCCCUGCAUGAUGCAAUGAAAGUAGAGGUUAAAAAUUGGGAUGGUAAAAACUAUUGCUACAAAAAAUCUGAUGAACAGCUUGGACGUUAUCUCCAAGUGUCAUUGCUAUUCUUCCUUCCAUUUGUCAUAAUUAUUUUGUGCUAUUCUGCCAUCCUCAAGACAGUUUUGCAAGGUUUAAACAGAAAGAAGCACAAGACUGUAGCCAUGCUGUUGUGUAUUGUUGCAGUUUUUUUCAUUUGCUGGGGGCCAUACCAUAUUAUGCUUUUAAUUAAAUCUCUUUAUAAACCCAAAGGUUGUAAGGAAGAGGAACAGUUAGAAGUUGCCAACCGUAUUUGUGAAAUGCUUGCCUAUUCUCAUUGCUGUAUGAACCCUCUGCUAUAUAUGCUCUCACAGAAGUUGCGAAAGCAUCUGUUGAAUCUCUUGCGCUGUGAAAAUGUGGGCAGAAAGAACAGAGAGAGAAGCACCAGCCUCAACACUUCUGUUACUCAGAAUGUAGCUUUCAGUGUACAGAGCUCUGCUGUUUAA